UAAUGUCCGACCCUACCCCAGCAGAGCGCCGGACCCCGGCAGGAGUAGCAGGCUGCCCGCUGCUGGCCCGCCGACCGGCACCCCCUCCCCACAAGCCGUUGCCAUGGCCACAGGGGACAUUUGAUGAGAAGUGCCGCGGCCCCCCCUUCGCUUGCUUUCUCCGCUCGCCUUCAGGAUGACGUCAUGAACAUCCGUGGCCCUGACAGGCCAUCCGUCGGUUGGUCUCAGCUUUAAAGCAGCUGUUCUUCCCUGGCCCGGCAGCAGCGGCGACGGUUUGCACCCGGAGGGCCACACCAGGACUACGGACCGGGACAGGACUGAUGGCACCAGAGAGGCGAGUAUUCCAGGGGCACUUUACAAACAGCUUCCUCAAACCCCAGCCCUCCCCGCCCCACUGCGCUGCAGCUUGCUCUGCGGCUGUUGGGGGAACGCAAAGUGCCGGCAGCUGGGUGGUGAGGGGCUUUCUUCCAGAAAGAAGCGGAGAGCAAGUGGUCUUCCUCCCCAGCCGUGGCGACCCGUUCCAGGUAAAUCUCAGGCAAGGUCCCCCGCCCAGUUCCCUCCUCCAGGUCCAGGGCUCGUGCCUGGAGGAGCAGCCGACUGGAGCUGAUAUUCGGGAAGCUGAGCCUGAGGCUGCUCUGGAGGGCCGGGGAACUGGGCGGCCAGGCUUGGCACCCGCCAAAGGUGCAGUGAAGAGGAGGAAAGGCGACUCCGGAGCCCAGCAGGUGAGCGCUCCUACGGGGUGCUGGGCAGGCUAGAGGUGUGGGGGCGUCGGUUCCAGUACCUGCCCGGGACGAUGCGGAAACCCAGCUUGCAGUUUGUUUCGCUGGGUCCCGUGCCCCCCAGGAGAAAGACUGCCCCACAGCCUCGCCAGAGCUGCUUCUCGCAACCCAGCCGCCCCAAGCCCGCCGCCGCCGCUCCUCCCGCGCUUCUCGCCCCGGAUUCUAGAUGCAGCUGACCUGUUGCAUGCAGAAGAGCAGCCGCGUUCCGCGUUCCAAGCCUCUCUCCUCGCUGCUUUGCCCGCCACCAGAUCUGAGCGCCAGGAGUCCGGGAACUCUGCCUGCAAGCACCCAGAGAGCCCAGAGCCGCAGGAAAAAAUGUGAAAAGUACCAGGAGACAACUGGUGUAGCCUUUCGACUCGGCGGACCCAGUGCCUCUACUUCGAGUCGCUACCCGAUUGGAGUGGGCUCAGAAUCAGUCUGCUGAAGGUCCCUGGAGCCCCCACCCCAGUGAAUCUGAGCCUCCAGCUUCAGCACCAGAGGCUGGACAGCGCCCCGGCCCUAGGGUGCCAAUGGUCGGUGCCUGCCUGCGCGCGGCUCAGCUUCCCAGCCCCAGACCACUUGCGCUCGCGGCCCCUCAGACCCCAUGCGGAGGAGAUCAGGAGGUGACUCAGGUUCGCGGAAGAAUGUGGGACUCACCUUCCUCAUUUCUCCAGGGAUUUAGGUGUGGGAUUCUGGGAGAGCAUUCUAUCUUGUCCUGGCCACGACCAGUGGAAAAACUUGGCGCCAAAGGAAGGCGGUGGUGCGGGGAGCGGAGACACGCUUGCAGGCGGUGAGCAAAGGGGCGUGCGGGACGGAGGAUCUACCGCGAUCCCAGCCCGGGCGUUCAGUGAAAAAUCGCAGCAUCUAAAUCCUGCGCUCCCUCUCGCUCUCUCCGCCUUCCUUCUUCCCUUCCUUCCCACACUCUCUGGACGCAUUAAUAGGAGGGAGUGAAAGGGAAAGUGUGGGGAGGAGGGGGAAGAUAUUGAAGCCGAGGUAAGAUUUUAUCUAGGUCUCAACAUUCGAGCGUGGAUGAAAUUUGUCCAAAAAGAACAUCAAGGUACGCAUUUUUUACCCAAAGUAGCCUUUGUGUGAGGAGUAAAGAUGACUGUUUGGCCAGGAAGGAGAAAGAACGCAGAGGAACAGCCCCUAUCACAAAAGGGCUAACGGAGGUGGAGGAGGAAGGGAACCGACAGGACUUGGGCAGUAGCAUGGUUACCAGGCAACCAGUCGCAGCCCCAGCCUCCUGUUGCCUUGGUUACGGUGGGUGGAGAGGCUUUGGCCACUGAUGAUUAUCCCUGAGCACCUUGAUUAUUUAAAAUAUCUCCUGGGGAGCCCCUGCCUUUUCCGGGCUAGGUGAGAGUCACACCGAUCCUGCAUACGGCCGAUCCUACAUACGGCCGGGUCCAGGGAAAUCCUGGAAGAUGAUUAUUAUUUUUUUUUAAGUCGAGGCGCACAGCAAAGCAACUUACCUUUCCACCACUACAGUCCUCCCCUCCCCCACUCCACCGCACUGGCUUCAUUUCUCCAGGAUUUACAAUUUUGUCUUUUAUAUUUUUCAUUUAGUCCUUUAUACUGGAGGAGCUGAUUUCUUAUCCCCCACCCCCUCUUUUUCCCCCUUAAAAUGAGAAAAACACAUUUGCUCUUCAUGCAUGAACAGGAGGGAGACAAGGAAAUUGUCCAAGGGUGUCUACUGUAGAGAGAAGCUUUCUCCCUGGUUUGAUAGUCCUCCCUCCCCCACUAACUAAACCACUCCCUUCAGGGGAGAGGGGGAUGAAUUUUGGAUUACCCCCACUUCUCACCUUGCCCCACAGACCACACAGAAAGCACAGUUAGAGGAAAACGUGUCUCUCUUAGUAAAUCUAGCAUCACUCUCAUUUGAUUUCUCAAGAUUCUCUUCUCUUUUAUUCCUCCCCAGCAUUGCCUUCAUAAUUAGCAAAUACAGCACCUAAAGCUUGUAAUCUUCUGAUUUUUUUGUUUCCCUUGAUUGAGAAACAUUGACUCCACUUUCACCUAUCAACCUUGCCUUGCCUUUCCUUAUCCUGAAACAUCUGGGUAGGAAAUUAUUUUACUUAUAAUUUUCCAAAGGAAGCUGUAACAUUCUCAGAAUGAUUUGGGAGGAAAUUGCUAGCAAGUUACCAGCACAGUGUGUGCCCUGUCCACUAUUUCAUUUCAAAUAUGUCUGUUUAAGAGCCAUUAACUUUCUCUUUCCAAAACAAAACAAAACAAAAGAAAAACACCAACUGAAAGAACUCUGUUUUAAACUGAGAUAUUAGCUGACAACGCAGAGAUGGAGAAAAUCUCCAUGUUUCAGGCAGUAACUGUCAUAUCUUUAUCUGUGAUGUCUGCACCAGUAAACACACGUCUCCUCUUAUUCUCUUUUCUCCUCGUUUCCUUCAUCUAUUAUUAAUAUAAAAAUGUUUAAUCAUUAUAAUUUCAGCAUAAGUUUAAAAGGUCAAAAAUUCCCUCAAUGAAUGGAUUUGAUAGUUUUGGGGGUAUUUACAUUAAAAUGCUUUUCUAUCACAUGUUACUAUAGAAACUUCCCUUCAGACAAGACCAGACAGCUGGUCUGCUUUUUGUACUUUUCUUCCCAAAGCAGUGCUUUUCUUUAUGAAUUCUCUGGGGCAGCUAUCAUUUAUCACAUCAAUAAUGUCCCUUAGCAACAGUUGUUUUUUUAAAAAAUUUUAUUCACUUUCUGCUUAUUUUCUUUAUGGACAAAGGGUCUACUUUCCUUUCAAGAAGAUAGGUGAGCUCUGAUUGGCUGGAAAGGAAGGAGCAUUCUUUCAUUGGUUGGUGUGCAUUGCCUUGUCAACCAAUAAGAGGAUGCCAUUUAUCCUUUUCUGACUAGCUGAGUGAGCAGGGUACCCAGAAGGAUUGAAUCUGCCUUAGUUCCAUCCAGUAGCAAAGGGCGGAACACAGAAUCCUGGACUCAGGAUCUGGAACUGACUUUGGCUAAUCCAGAUUGCAUUGACUUGCAAGGAUGACCUUGUCUACCUGUCUAUUCAUAGCUUACUUCAACAUACCUGCCGUCUACAUUGUCCUGUAGCUUUUGUCCCCUUCAUUUUGGGAGAUACUGUGAUUAUGUUUCAAAGUCAGUGCAGGUGAUUGUUACCAGGGUCCAGAAAAUUUUGUGAUUUCCCCUAAAAGUAGAGAAUUGGUCCUCAUUAUUAGAGAUGUGGUGAAAACUUUUGGGGAUGAAGAUGGAAAGCUAGAAUUUGGAAGAGCUGCAUUACCUGUGACACAGAAUGGAUAGCUCAGCUUUUGGAUUCACUCUGCUCAGCUUUCAGCUUUGGUAUUCGGUGUCCUCUUCUCCACUUUGAUGUUUUAUUUGUUUGUUUUUCUACUUUCAUUCUUCAGAGCUGCGCCUUUCGCCUGAAUUUUCAGUGACAAACAGAGAAGCUGAAUGGAUGGAGACAAUGACUCUCUAAUUCAGUGUAAGAGCUGAUUCAUCGCAUCCCAGGAAGACUUGUUGCAGGAUGGAAACUCUCUGACAGCAGCCUGGAAGAAGCUUUACUGCUGCUGCCCCGUUGGAAGAUUACUACCCAGGCUUCCCUUGCCCCAAGCAGUGAGCUGACUGGAAUGGUGCCCCGGGAGGCCCCUGAGUCUGCUCAGUGCCUGUGCCCUUCCCUCACCAUCCCCAAUGCCAAGGAUGUGCUUCGGAGAAGGCACAAGAGAAGGAGCCGACAGCACCAGAGGUUCAUGGCCCGGAAGGCCUUGCUGCAGGAGCAGGGGCUGCUGAGCAUGCCUCCAGAACCAGGGUCCUCCCCACUGCCCACACCUUUGGGGGCGGCGCCAGCUCCUGAAGCUGCCAGCAGUGGGAAGCAGUGUCCAAGGGCUGGGUCUGGUGCUGCUGCAUGCAGCAGAAGGCCUGCCCCCAGGAAAGCCUCAGGGCCCUGGCCCAGCAAGUGUGUGGCUAUUGACUGUGAGAUGGUGGGCACAGGACCCCGAGGGCGGGUGAGCGAGCUGGCCCGCUGUUCCGUGGUGAGUUAUUAUGGCGAUGUUCUCUACGACAAGUACAUCAGGCCUGAGAUGCCCGUCGUUGACUACCGUACUCGCUGGAGUGGCAUCACACGCCAGCACAUGCGCAAGGCCAUCCCCUUCCAGGUGGCCCAGAAAGAGAUCCUUAAGCUCCUGAAGGGCAAGGUGGUGGUGGGGCAUGCACUGCACAACGACUUCCAGGCCCUCAAGUACGUCCACCCUCGGAGCCAGACCCGGGACACCACCUAUGUCCCCAACUUCCUCAGCCAGCCUGGCCUCCACACCCGGGCCCGGGUCUCUCUGAAGGACCUGGCCCUGCAGCUGCUGCACAAGAGGAUCCAGGUGGGCCAGCACGGGCACUCGUCAGUAGAAGAUGCCACGACGGCCAUGGAGCUCUACCGGCUGGUGGAAUUGCAGUGGGAACAGCAGGAGGCCUGCAGCCUCUGGACCCGCCCUGAGGACAGAGAACAUGACAGCAGCACAGACAUGGAGCAGUACAUGGAGGACCAGUACUGGCCCGAGGACCCGGCCCGCGGCAGCAGAGGCGGAGAUGGGGAAGCACGGGACAGAAGGGAUUGAGAAGGGGGUGGGGCUCCCUGGCUGGUCUGCCCAUGUGGCCAGUAGGAAGUGGGGGCCAGGACAGCAGCAGGCGCUCCUUCUUGGGUAGGGUGGGGCAGGAUGCAGUGAGCCAGCCCCAGGGCCAGAGAUGUUGGGCCAUCUGUUAAGCUGACCCCGUCCGCUCACAGCAUAGCCCGCCAUCUCUCCAGGGCUGUUGGUUCUUUCUCCUGACUCCUGUGGUUUUGCUAAUGGCACUUUAUAGGCUCCAUGGAGAUGUCAGGUGGACCAUCUUCCAGGGCCCAGCAGGAGUAGGGAAUGUGCCAACUGACCGCCCCGGUUGUCGCGGCCUUCCCCACCCCCCCAGAUCUCCUGAGUCACACUGUGCUACUGAAAGGGAUCAUAUCACCCUCUCUGGGGAUGUCGGUAUCCUGGAGCUCCCUCACCCCAGCUCAAUGACAGGGGGUAAAGUUCUCUUUUGUGGUCUACCUCUUCCUCCACUCAGUUUUGGGUUCAGAACAAAUAUGCCCUGAAGUUAAACAGUUAAGUCCUAAAGGAGACAUUUCUUUCCCCCUCCCUGAUCUGGAGCUCCGGCUGUAGCCGUCGUAGGAACUCCGCUCCUCAUGGCCUGUCAGCUCCCUGCUAGGCUACAGUGGAACAGCAGAGUUCACAUGCUUCUUGUGGGGAGCUGGCCCCUUCACAUGCUUGGCAACAGAAGACCCCAGGCCCAGCUCAGGGAGGAGGGACGGCAGGUGAGCUUUGGACGAGACCUGGCAUAUUUAUUUUGACCCAAAUCAGGGAUUUCCCCAAUCCACCCAGUACUGGGCACUUAAGCAAAUGCAGAGACACAAGACAGCGGUUUGAAUUCUGGGCCUUUGUGCAGAACUGUGCCUGACCUUUAUUAAGAGCAGGGCCACUCGUCUCAGGGAGUGGAAUCUGCGUGUCUCCUGGGGCGGGGCGGGGCAUUGCCAGGGAAGCAGUGGCCUUGAACCUGGUCUGGUGCCCCCUCAGCUCCUUGACAAUCACUGUGGCUAAUGGGUUUUCUCCUAUUUCUAAAAGUGUUCUCUUGUUUCCUAAGUGACAGCUGUGAAGUAUUGGGUAACCGAGAGCUCAGGUCACACAGACCUUGGGGCCCCAUCUUUGCCGCCACUUAGCUCUGAGACCUUAGGCAAGUGAGGGGCGUCACUCUUGAGCCUGCUGUUUCCUCGUCUGUAAAAUGGGGAUAGUGGUGCGGCUUACCUCACAGGGUUGUGAUGAGCACUAAAUCUAAACCGUUUCACACAGUGCCUGGCGCGUGGUGAGCCACAGCCACUGUGAGCUUCUGUUUUUCCUUUAUUUUUUAAGCCCAAAAUAGGGCCACAACAUUGUUUAUUCUUCGAGGAUUUGUUGGAACCUCUUCAGGAUAACCCGAGUCCACAGGCUGGACAGCUGUGGCUCACACAGAGCUGCUCCGGCUUUUGGCUGUUUCCAGCAGUGGUGGGGCACUGGCCUGGUGAGGACACAGAGGGAGGGUCACGGUUAUCUGUGUGUCUUGUCUGUGGCCAGCAGGUGCAGGUGUGGAUUCUGGUCAGGGUCCCAACACUGGGAGGUGACAACAGAGCAAAGCAGCACAGGGGACAGGGAGGUAGAAACAGUGCUGACAUCACACUACCCCACCCUCAGCUGAAGCCCCGUGUUCCACAAACAGGGUUCUAGAUUGUCCAGUCACUGGCUCCCUCCCUAUCAGGACAGCACGGAGAAAGGGGCUGGCUGAGUCUCUUACCACAUCUGGCCUGGCUCCAGGACUUGGUUCUGGAUUUUUUAAAAGUCGGUAGCUAAUGUGAAACUCAGUUGAGCAUAGCUUCGAUCCCUUGGUCUGGGGUUGAAAGAAGAUGUGCUGUUAUCAGUGGGAAAAUGUACUACUUAAGAUCAGCUUUGGUGUAAAACCGUUUGUUCUGGAAUAAAACACAAUUGGAAAAGUGG